CGCGAGUGCGCUCUGGUUACUCUUUUGACUCGCGCUUAUCUCCCGCGCUAAAAUGGAGAGAUAGCUACGCGCGGAAAAGUGUUGGUGCACCUCAAUCGUGCACGGAUCGUGCGCGCGAAGCCCGUUGACGGCCAGGGAGGAGAAAGAGAGAGAGAGAGAGAGAAGAGAAGAGAAGAAAGAGCGUUAUACGAUCCACCUAGGUCGGUGCACUUUGACCCGUUCGACAUUCGCGAGGAAAAUCAUAUCAUAUCGCCGCCGGGCGACAUUUAUUUCGUCGAAUCUUAGCUCUCCGUACGUUUGAUCGUAUUCCACGUGAUGUUCCGCAACAAAGUUGUAAAAUCGGAUCGGAAGGAAGACUCGAUUUGCGAUAUAUCGUUCAGAGGCGCGGCCUCGCAUCCUCUGAGUCGAACGUGAUGGAGAUGAGAGACCGCGACAAGUUAGAGAGAGAGAGAGAGAGACACGGGUUUCGGGUUUCAGUCUAGGGGUCCUACAGUCCUACACGCGGGUCCGCCGCUGCUCCGGGAAAUCGGUAGAGUAGAGCGCGCGAGCGUCCGCGCGGUGGCGUUUCCACCACACAGGGAGACGACUUUGCGGAGCGACUCGAGCGGAUACGCGAACGCGGAGGGGGUUGCGUGAUGUAUACAAUCGAGGACGGGACGGGAGUGCACGCAUCCGUGGAACGACGAAGGAACAGAGGAACGAACGCGACGUCCCUAGCUACCUCGCUCGCUCGCUCCCUCGCGUUGCGCCGCGUUACCAUUGCGGUGCGGUGCCGGUAGGUGCGCCGCUAGCGCUUAUGCGCCGCGCGCGAUGGUGGGGAGGGUGGCGCGUCCCACGUGACUCAGCCGGCCAAUCGGCCGAACGCAUAGCCGGCGUCCGGCACAUGGCGGCGCGCCGGCUUCGAGAGCCGCAGUCGCAGUACGUCGCAGUCAGUCGCAGUGGUAACACGAGCGAGAGGGUAGUUGCACGCGUCUGCCUUCGAGAGGAAAGAUCGCGGUGAAGAGAGGUGAACGAGAGAGGAUAGAGAGAGAGAGAGAGAGAAGGGCCGAGGGACAAACGGAGGAAGCGAGGCGAAGAAGAUCGCGAGGAUUGAAAAGAAGAGAAAGAAGGGAAACGGAGCGGACGAACGAACGGGCAUACACACGUACAUACACACACACACGCGCGCGCGCGCGCCCCUUGCUUGCCUUCGUUUUCACAGUGUUUCGGUCUCGAAGCGCGCGCGACGGCUCGACCUCUCGGACGGCCAAGUCAGUCGGCCGGUGACAAGGUGCAGCGAAACAACGCGAGAAAGAGAGAGAAGAAUCGCGACGUUGAAGAAGAGGAAGUGAAGGAGGAGUGAAGAAACGAACGAACGAAAGCGUCGUCGGUCGAAGACCAAGCGACUGUAACGCGCGCGCGAGAGUAAAGCGGCUUCACGGAACCGCUCUUCGACACGAACCGCACAUAAUAUUACACACGCGCUCGGUUAGCGAGACUCAGCGACAACAGCAGCAGCAGUAGCAGUGGGGGAUAUCGGGAAGGCCAUUUUCGUUGCCGGCGUGCGGUGCCAACGACAUAGACACGACCGGCGUGUGCCACCGGCGUAGAGAGGAACGUGCGACUAACCACUAUCGCACUCCACGCGUUGUCGUCGUCGUCGUCAUUCUCGUCGUUGCCGCGGCGACCCACGUUCGCGUCCACUGCGUAGAGGGGACCGGAAGAGAGGUAGAGCUACGAUCAUCGAAACCGACGAGCCGGCGACGAACGUCAUUAUUUGUGUAAGCAGCGCGCGGUGCUUCGAAAGUUUUUUUUUUACGCGUACGUAUAGUCGCAACGUAACGUAACGUAACGUCGCGACGCCAGAGUUCAACCACGCUCUCUCGACCCUUUUCCCCUCCCGCCCGUGACCGGUGGAAGAGUUCUCUUCGUCUUCGGUGCGAAUCAUUCCGCUCGCGUUUGUUCGGUGAUAAAGAGUCGACGGGAGAGAUCGGACAGCGCGUGAAUAUACACGGUGAACGCAGAGAAUCGACAGCGCGGACUCUAGUGCAACAGUUUGAAGCAACAUCGUCGUCAUCGUCACCAGUGUCGCGCGAUACGAGAAUUUGUAGUCGAUCGAAAUGCCGACGAGUCUGUUCAGCGAGAUGGAUCGUGGCUCGAGCGGCGGCGGCGCCGGUGUCUCCUUCGAGGAUCAGCGCGCCCUUCAGCUCGCCUUCGAGCUGUCGAUGCUCGGUAUCCCGGAGGGUUCGUCCGGAUGCCCCGGCGCCGGCACCGGCAACGGUGCCAACAACGACCCGGAUCCACUGCAGGCCGCGCCGGCCGUCUUCGAGGAGGCGCGUUCCAAGAAGAGCCAGAACAUGACUGAGUGCGUGCCGGUGCCCAGCAGCGAACACGUGGCGGAGAUUGUCGGCCGACAGGGCUGCAAGAUCAAGGCCCUUCGAGCGAAGACCAACACCUACAUCAAGACACCAGUGCGAGGUGAAGAACCCGUCUUCGUGGUUACUGGUCGCAAAGAGGACGUGGCCCGUGCGAAGCGCGAGAUUCUUUCCGCCGCGGAACACUUCUCGCAGAUUCGCGCGUCGCGUAAGAGUUCGUUGGGUGCACUUCUGGGCGCGCCACCUGGGCCACCCACGACGAUGCCUGGUCACGUAACGAUUCAGGUACGAGUGCCCUACAGAGUGGUGGGUUUGGUCGUAGGGCCCAAGGGCGCGACCAUCAAGCGAAUUCAGCAUCAGACGCAUACCUAUAUCGUAACACCCAGUCGCGACAAGGAGCCGGUAUUCGAGGUGACGGGACUACCGGAAAGCGUCGAAGCGGCCAGGCGCGAGAUUCAGGCUCACAUCACUUUGCGAACCGGCACCGCACCCGGUGUCGUCGACGAGUCCGAUCUAUUGGGCGCUCUCUGCCGCGGCGGUCUUAGUUCAGUUAUCGCUAUUCAAAGUAUCGAUCAACCGGGAUCCAACAGUUCUAGCAGCUCUAAUGGCGCCUUCUCGAGCAGUGCUAGCUGCAGCAGCUCAUCCAGCAGUACCGGUGGAAUGGGGAUGAACGACCUCGUAGCUAUUUGGGGCGGAAUGGAGAGGGACGAGGGACUCGGCGAGUCGCCGUCGUUCGAAUCGCAGCCGACCUCGACAUCGUCGAUCUGGUCGUUCCCGAGCGUCACGCUACCCUCGAGGCCGUCGCCGCCAGCGACGGCGAGCCCGGCGUCGCCCACGGACUCGCUCCUGGGUAACGCACGGCGGGACUGCGUCGUAUGCGGCGACAAGGAAGUCACCGCGGCACUGGUGCCCUGCGGACACAAUCUCUUCUGCAUGGACUGCGGCAAUCGGGUUUGCGACAGCCAGGAUCCAAGCUGCCCGGUGUGUUCCAGACGUGUCCUGCAGGUGCUCCGUAUUUUUUCCUAAGAGGGGAGGCCCCACCGAGCCGCCACCGCCAUCGCCGCCGCCGCCGCCCCCGCCGCCCGUCAGUCUCCCUGUCGCGACACCCGGUGUACGUAACAACGGCUGCACCAGCGACCUUCUGCCACUCCUCGCGAGCAUGGCCGGCUGAUAACUGUUUCAGCAGACGUGACGACAAAGUUAGAGAACAACGUUGGCGCCCGCGACAACGACGAUGCCUGCGCGAUAAUUCUCUCGGCAGUCCUCAAAGUUGGCCUUUUUUCUUCGCUGUCAUUGCUGUCGUCGUUGUUGCCGUCGUCGUCGUCGUCGUUGUCGUCGUCGUCGUCGUCGUCGUCGUCGUCGUCGUCGUCGUCGUCGUCGUCGUCGUCGUCGUCGUCGCCAUCAUCAUCAACGUCAUCUUCAUCAUCAUUCUACUAUGCCGGUGUGACGCCGUCGUCGUCAGGGGACCGAACGCGCACAAAGUCUCAAUUCCACGGCUGCCAAUAAUCUCUUUUACGCGACGGGGAUUCGCCUCGACGAAUCAACCGUUCGGGGCCGAUCGUCGAGUUGAUCGAGUUCCCGCUGACCGGAUACAACGAAGCCAGCUUUUAAGUUCUACGAGAUAUAUAUUUAAAGAGACAGAGAUAGGGAUGGAAACACUCACCCACCGUCAUCGUCAUCGCUUCCCCCUACUACCCUCCCUUCCCCUAUACUCCACCCGCCGCCUGUUCUCCUUCUCCCCCCUGUCCCUUGGCGCUUGCAUAGAUUGGGCUCGCGGCUCGUCGAGUACUCUAAUAAGCCUCGAGGUAUGAGAGAGACGGUACGAGAGGGCAUUUAAUUAAAGCAAAGCAACUCCCAUCGUACCGUCCGAACUAACGUGCGAGAAAAAAGCCUCUCUAUUGCCCGCAAAAGAUCGACGCCGCAAUAUUCUAUGACUGAUAUUACUAGUAGCGAGACUGAUGAUUACCGAGACGCUACUCUCUUUUCUUUCCAUCGCGGAGACUACGGUCUGAAAUGAAUCGAUCGAAUGAGUCGCGGACCGUUUAGUCUCAUCGUCGCACUUCUGACUACACGCCAAUGUUUUGCUACUUUUUAAAACUCUGCUCGUUCCUGAGAUUUCUUUGGGUCGAACGUUUGCUGGGAACGGAGGCGGCUUCUUCAGCAUGAUGGAUCUUAGAGCUUUGUCGAUUUUCCUUUUCGUUUUUAAUAACUAUGACUGAAUGAAUCGCGUAUAAAUCAUGUCCAAAGAAAUAACUUUCGAUUUUCUGACUGCUUUUUAAGCUUUACAUCAUAUUCGGUCAAAGCAUGCUUACGUUCGUAUCUUCGACUGUCAAUCUUUUUAAUCGAUGAUGAACCAAGUGGAAGAUACGUACCUUAAUGUUUUAUUUGUCUAACCUGUGAUGCUUGAUUUUGUGCCAAAAGGGCUAGACAAAAGAAAUAUCUCAAUAAUUUUGCAACAAUUAUGCACUGAAGUCUUACUUACAAAUAUUUUUCUUAUUAAAAAAAAAAAAGAAAGAAAUGCGUACAAUAUAGUUUUGAUCUCAGCGUUCACUCGGAACGCGCGUAGAAAGUGUUAAGUUCAUCGAUCCAGAAAGGGGUUUUCCGUUGCCGAGUGUACAAUUACGAACUCGACGAACCUGCGAGCUGCGGUCGCUAGUGCGACAGCGAAGAUUACCGAGAAUUAUCUACACAUACACGACUCGCAGACACAAAAACACACGUACACACAUACAUACGCGCGUACACAUACCACACACUGGACACACUGAUAGAUGAUCUCGCACAGACAUCCUACACGUGAAAAAGAGAGGGAAAAGAAGAGAGGGUCACGGGCCCCUCGAUUCGCCACGAAAUCACGUAGUGAAUAUAUAGCGGAUAGCGCGUUCGUUCCACCCGGCUUCCCUCGCCAUUAGAGUAUUAUCUUAAAAUAAUAUUUCUUUAUAUAAGCGAAAUAGCAAUGGAGAAAAAUAAUAGUUCUAAUAUGUACACAUAAAUAUAUAUGUAUGUGUGUGUAUGUGUAUAUAUAUAUAUAUAUACAUGUGCACCCACAUAUAUUUAUAUAUAUGUAUAUGUACAUAUGUGACGUUAGAAAAUCUGAUAGCAGUACGAACACGAGAGAGAAAGAGAUAAUGCGCGUGUGGCUGACUGAAAGGGAGAAAGAGAGACAUAGACGACAAAUGAUAUUUUGUCGACGAGAUCUAGAUUUUGUAUUUUUCGCGUAUUUCGCCGACGCGGGACGACGGGUGGUCUUGGGCCGCAACGCCACCAAGAGAGAGAGAGAGAGAGAAAGAAAGAGAGUAUUAUUGAUAUAUUAUCUAGAAAUAUAUUGCACAACGUGUGCGUAGAGAAAAUGAAAAAUUGCAGAAAAUUAUGCGAAUAAAAAAAAAGAGGGAGAGAACAGAACGCAACGCGUAAGUCGAGGGGCCGCGCGUCCGCUCUCGGGCAGGAAGAACGAGCGCAAAAAACGGGGUCGGUCGAUGGCGCCAGCAGCUCUCGCGAGUUGUAUUUUUCAACUCGUGAUAACCGAGCGGAUCGUUUAAAUCCGACGCUAAACGAUUCUCGUUUCACGUUAAGGAUCGACGUUGCAUACGUAGUGUCUUUUUUUUUCAUUUGGAAAGACAUAAUCAUAUAUUAUCGCUAUAUUACCUUUGCAUUAAUAUAAAUAUAAAUAUAUAUAUGUAUGUAUACCGCAUGGAUGUGUAUCGGAUGGAGAUGUGCAUCCGUUAUAUGCGUCCAUAUUAUUCUAUAUACAUAUACAAUAUGUCACUGUACCGCUUCCUCUCCGAGAUCGCUGGGAGGAAGGACGAGUGCCGAACGUCUCUCGUUGCUUUCGGAGACAGACGGAACUUACUGACGGAUCGUCCUGUCCUCUCCCCCUCCGUUCUCGUGUGGACGAGCAUCGUGCUUUCGCAAGGGUGAUCUUAAGAAGAAAUUGGCGCGCUCCCACAUUAGACGCGAGGGUGCAAAACCGCGAUGUUCGUCCUUCCUAUCCGUAUUACGAGAGGGAGCACGGUACGUGUCCCUACGACCCGUUUCUGCAUAUAUAAUCUCGUUUCGAAGAAAGACGAAAGAGGGGAAGAAGCUAAUCAAACGAGGGUUUCACAAUGGGGCCCUAACGCGCGUGACAGGAGAGACGAUACUCCGAAUUUUUACUCGAACAGCAAACGCAAUAGCUUAAACGUUAACCGCGGGAAAUAUUAAAUUCUUCCGCGCAUUUCCGUUUUCCCUCGCUUCGAUAUCGAGUUUAAACUCCACGUUCCACUUUUCUUUUCAGCCCUCAUCAUCGUCCCCCUCGACUUCUCCGCCUUCUCCUUUCUCCUCUCUCCUCUCCCAAAUCUCCUACGUCGUUGUCUGCAUUUCUAUUUUUUUAUCAAAAGUUCUUGUCAAUCGUUGCCAUUUUUUAAACGAAUAUAUGCUCAAGUCGCAGCUCCGAAUAAGUCGAGAUAUAUAAUAUACAUAUUACACAUAUAUUAUAUAUAAAUAUAUAUAUAUAUAUCUAAAUCGCCCAUCUUGCGAUGGACGUUGGAAGAUGAGAGAAUAUUUUUUCGAUUUUUCUGAACACGAGAGACUCUCGAUCUUUUUGUUUAUUUUUUAUUUUUUAACUUUCGUCGCGCGAAGAUGUCUCCGUUCGCCGCGUGUGCCGCUUCGUUUCGUGUGUGUUUUUCUACUCUCCAGUUCCUUUUACAUUUUCCGUAUUAUAUCGCGCGAUCUUCGUUCUAGACUCUUUACACAAACACACACACACACACACACACACACACACACACACAUACGCGCACUCAACCGCACGCGUGAUACACGAACGAAGAAUCGCACUCCGCUCACGCACUCACUCCGCACGCGCUAAACGCACGCUAAAAAUAAAUUCGCGUACGCACGAGCCCCGGAGGAUGCGCGAAAGACAUGCGCGAACGAUAUUUGUAUAUUAUUAUUUGUUACUUGUAUAAUGUCACGAACAAACACUUUACGGACACGGGACAAGAAUGGACAUUUACAUGCAUACUUAAACACCCACACGCGUAACACACACGAAAGACACACGUGCACCAAUGACACGUUGAUGCAUAACAGAAGUGUAUAUUUAUAUAUUAUAAUAAUCGAGAAGUAAAGAGAGAGAAAGAAGUUUAUUUUAUAUUUAAGUUCGAGGUAAAAUAAAUUCUAUUUUUUCUAUGUUAAGUAUAAAGAAAAAAAAGAGUCGUAAAAAAAGGUAUGGUGAUGUGGCAUACAUACAUACACACACACACACACACAUAUAUAUAUAUACAUAUAUAUAAAUUAUAUUAUUAUAUUAUAUAUAUAUAUACACAUAAUAUAAAAUAUAUUUAUAGGUAUUCUCUUUAGCAUCUACGUUCCGAAAGAACGCCGCGCAGCCGCGAGCGCGAAAAAUGGCAGACGGCUGACAUACACGUGCGUAUAUAAUGUAGACCGUGUCGGAUAAUCUCUCAUUAACUUUGCUAUGAUAAGUCUGAAAAUCCGUUCUGGAUUUCGCGGGCGCGCGCGUGUGUGAGAUUCGGGAGGUGAUAAAAAAGUGAAGAGGGCGAAGAAAGAAGAGACAGACAAACGCUGAUGAAAGAAAAAAAAAACGAGGAUUUUUAAGCGAGAAAUCAAUCUAGAAAGAGAGAGAUAGCGGGGAGGAAAUCUCAUCAAUUCCACGUAUAUAUGCGUGCGUCUAUACAUUUCGAUUGAAUUAUUGGAGGCAUGGAGAGAGAGAGACAGAGAGAUAUUACAAUAAUAUAUUAUAUAUUUAAAUUAGCGAUUGCGAGAAAGAGAGACAGAGAGAGAUAAAAUAAGACGCCGAUAUUACUUAUUAUUCCACGGCGAAAAGUACGUUAUCAAUGGGCGCGCGAAGAGAGAAACACACGCGGGCGAAAGAGAGAGAGAGAGAGAGAGAGAGAGAGGAGCGUGAGAACUUCCGGAAACGAAGGGACGGAAGUAGCUUGGAUUUAAAAAGUAGAGGGUAUAGCGAAGGAAACGAUAGUAGAUUAAACGGGGAAAAAGAAAGAUGUAGGAUAUAGGAUGGUUGCCAGAACUCGGAACGUGACGCCAAACUCAAACGGAAGAACGGCGCGUGUGUGGGCAGGGAGCUGGAGAGGGGAUACGGAAGACAGAUCAAGUUUCGACGUUUUUCUUUUUUAUUUAUUUACGAUUGGAUGCUGACCGAUGCGGAAGUCCGGGAGUUUGAAAUAUUGAGACGUGAUGCGCGCGAAGCGUUCAAAGUUCCGACGCGCAUUUCUCGAUAGGGAAAUGUAGAUCGCGCGAAACUUUAGCCUCUAAUCAUCUGUUAUUAAGUAGUGCUUCUAGAAAAGAAUUAUAUAAAAAGAAAAAAAAUGGAAGCGCAUCGACACGCAUGUGAAAAUCGGUAAUUUGAUUGCGGGGUUCGGUGUCGUAGGUUCUCGCUUGAUUUUCAUCGCGUUUGAAUUUGAGAGGUGAAAAAUUCUUCGAGGGAAUUCGCGUCGUUACUCAGUCUUCCUUACGGUCGCGGUCCUCAUUACGUUCGAACCGUGUUUCGGCAAUUCUCGGGAGCACUCUCGAGCGGUAACGGCGCGCGGGCGGGAAGAAAGUUCGGAUUAAAACGUUUGAUUAUUUACGAGGGGUGAGGGGGGAGGGGCGAAUGGGGUGGAUAUAUCUUGUAGGACGAAAAAAAAAAAAGAAAAGAGUUCGUCGAGAACCUCCGCUAGACUUUGGGACGAUCCUUGCUGCAAUUAACGCGUUAACCGAAAAGGAAGUACACGUACACUGGAAUACGAGCGUUUAGGUAGUCUUCACUUUGGCCGAGGUUCCGACUUUGCAGGGUCGCCGGUGUUAUUAUCGUUUCACUGUCGUCAGUUUCAUCAUACGAAUACGUGCUUGCUAGGUAUACGCGUCUCUUUUCUGGCUUGGUUGAAUUGAUACUCGACGCUAAACGUCGUCGCGAUCCAACGUCUCGAAUUUCGAUCGGCUCGGAAAAUGCGCGACUCGCGCGAUCUCGUUAAGCUCCCGUGUUCGUUCAUCGCGAGAACGCAGGGCAUCUAUGAUCGUCGUCGUUCGCGCUAUUGACACACGCAACAGGAUAACGAGGGACAGAUGUAUUUCGCGUAAUUUAACAUAGUGCCAUACGUAAAUCAAAAGCUGACUGCGCGCCGAUAAGUGAUAAUAGACGAGCGAUAGUUUAGUUAAUCGUCAACGGUAAUAAAGCGCGAGUCGAGAAAAUCAUGACUAUUCCGUGGCUAUCGAAUGCCGAUAGUAAGGAAGAGGGAGAGAGCAUUCUUGACAUCGCUCUCGCUUCUUUCAACAAACAUUUACUCAUCUUCUCGCGUAUUUAUGUAUACGUUCAUUCGUAUAGCCGUGCUCGCUCGUCGCCGGGACAUUCGCGUAUCAUGCUGUCGAAACACGCAUUCGCGAACAUACCGAUAAUAUGGUAAAUAAAAAGGGACGUGGCGCGCGCGCGUCUAGUUUUAGAGUUCUAUAACAAGUAUAACUUAACUGAUAAGGUGUCGCGUGACAUAAGAUUUUAAUAAUUAACGUAAAAUAUUAAACUUUAAUGAUUAUAAUAUAGCCAUUGGCUGUGACCGAUAACUGCCAUUUUCUUAAUCGAGAAAUAAAAAAAAAAGAGUAAUAAACGCGAAAGCAAAAAGUAGUAAGAGGUACCGUACUCGGGCCGCAAAUUAUAUGCACACAUUUGCGUGUACACGAUGAGAAACGACACAUACACGCACGCACACACACACACUCACAUACACACACAUACCAAGUACGAUGUAAGGACACAAGAUACUCUCGCGUUUACGCGAUCUUCGCGAGCAAAGAGAUGCAAAAAACGUUUUCGCGACAGGUAUAUCGAACAGGAUAAUAAGCACAAAGAGAAAUCGAUAACGAACGAAUCGGUUUGACGACAGUAGAAACGGAAAAGGUCAGUUUAUCAGCGACGGUGGAACGGGAAAAAAAAAAUGGUUAUCGUAUAUCGAAACGUAUACACGAGCAAGCGCGGCGCGAGAAAUCUUCUGUCGACCCCUCUCGGCUACAAUCCAGCAGCAACCCCUAUUCACCCUCGCAAUGUUAAAAAUUCGAGUAAGGUAAUAAAAUAAAACGUAUUGUUAAGGGUGUAAAAGAGAGAGAAAGCGCAGACAUACACACAUUUUAAAUACGACGAUACAUAUCUCCAAGUAUAAUAAUUAAAUGUAAGAAAGAUUAUAUAACUUUAUUAGAUGGCAGAAUAAUAAGGGAAUUUACAAAAAAAAGAGAUAAUUUAACUAUAGGAAUAUAUCUCUUUCGAGAUGGAUAUAAAUAGAUAUAUAAUAUAUUUAUAUAUAUAUACAUAUACAUAAAUGUAUAUAUAUAUAUCGAAAGAGGAAAGAAAAAAGAUGAUCAUUGUUGCUUGCUUUAACUCUUUACUAUAUGAUUAUAUUCUAUUAAAUAGGUAUAUAUAGCUGAUGAUUAUUAUUAUAUUAAUGCUGAUUAUAUUAUUAUUAUUAUUAAUUAGUUUUAUUGCGUCAGUGCUUUUUUAUCACAAGGAUAUAUUAUUAUUACUAUUAUUAUUAUUAUUAUUGGUCUAUAUUAUAUAUAUAGUAUAUAUUUCAUGUAGUUUUUGUUUGUGCAUAGCACGCGUCACGCAGUAUCGUGGAACUCUUUACGAAAGAACCGUUUUUUUCUACGAUCUUUUAGCGAGAUUGUUUUAUUCGUUAAAUUUUCCGCGCUUUCUUCGCGCCCUCAUCUCGCCCGUUUUUCGUUCGAGCGCUCCUCCCGACAUUUAUCGCUGCGAAAAAAUAAGAAUUUAACGUUUCUCUCAGCCUCGCACUCGUUUUGUUCCCCUUUCGAUCGCCCCCCCCCCUCUCUUCUUUUGUUUUAUCGUUUUCGCGGCUUGCGCGAGUUAUCGGCCGGCGACGAUGAAUAGUGAUUGGACAUGAGUGAGAAAGUUUCAAUAUCCCUAAUAUAUUAUAUAUACGUAUAUUAUAAAAAUAUGAUAUAGACCUACACACACAUACACGCAUACGUACAUACAUACACCAUAUUUACACACAAAUUUACAUAUAUAAACACAGCGUACACAAAAUAAAUAUUUCUACGUCGCGAUUACCGUAAAAAAAUCCGCGCAUUCGAAAAAGCACAGCUUUUACGGUUACUAUGAUUAACGUUAUUUCUGCGUUAUUGGGAGCGUUGUCGCGACUUAUUUAGGCCGCUACUCGUAUACUCGCAGCGUCGCGCUCCAAAAUAAUCGCGGAUCGAAUGAGUCGCCGGAAAUUAAGAUAGGCAACGCUCGUGAACGUGCGUGACCGCAUUUCCUUUUAAUUACUUACCGAGUAUCUACUUAAUUAUUUUAAAGAACGUACAGCUGGGCCCCAGGCGGGGCCGUGUCCGCGUUGUCAAGAGCGCGUCUGUUUCUUCUAGACUGCAAAUCUUAUUAAUUAUUAACUACUACGAAACGCGUGUGUUUCUCAGGCGAUACAGGUCCCGUCGAUUCGCGAUCGUUUCCAUCGUCGCCGUCACCCGGACUGCCGAUGGUAGGAACGAUGAUUCUAUCGAGCAGGAUUAACUUGUCGUCGGUUGCGCGGCUGUGUUUUCAGCUCUCAGCCCACAAACUCGAUCUCAGAAAUAAAAAUGGAACUGUUCUAGCAGUUUUGAAGCUCUCUCUUUCUCAAUUCCGCUUUUGCUUCUUCAUGUGAUUUCGCGUACGCGGUGUUGCGUUAAUUGGCGUAAAUAAAUUCUUUUUUUUUUUUAUUUUCGUGUUCGCGUUGGCGCGACGUCUCUUCAUUCCUUUUCUCACGCUUCGUUCGUUGCAUGCUCGUGCAUUACUCGUUUCGCGCUUUUCUCAUCGAUUUUGCGCCAGUCUUCGUCGUUUUUUUUUUUUGUUGUUUUACAUCUAUAUGAAGAAAUAUAUAAGUUAAUUAUAGGAGGAAACAGAUCAGGGGGUUGCACUCUUUUCUCAGAUAUCGCGGGCGUGAGGUUUUUUUUAAAGGCAAUGUGACGCUAGGCUGUGUGACGGGAAGGCCGACUGAGCGAACCUUGUGAAGCGCGAUCCGAGGGAGGCAACCGCCCCUGAGACUAUAGAAAUCAGUAUUUCAGAAAAAAAAGAUAUAUAUGAAUACGUAUAUUGCUAUUAUUAAUAUUAUUGUAAUUGAUAUAUUCUUAUUGUCGUAUACAACUAAAGAUUGAAGAUGUCUGAGCCUUGUUCCUCCGACAAGUGGACAUAAGCGUGGAGAAGAAAUUAAGCUGCACCGAGUAGUCGUGCAAAACAAAUCAGUUUGUCGAUUUUAUAGUGAUAUAUUAGAUUUGAUUAUAGUGAGAUGGGGUAAAGAAACGACUAAUUAAGUGUUGAGACGCAUUUGACUGAGAAACGUUUAAAAAGGGACAAAAAAAAAUGGGAAAGAGAGAAGGAGGAAAAUUGAGAUGAAAGAUUAUAAUUUUGACUUAAAAAGUGACAUAUUAGACAAAUUCUUACGGUAUUCUUUAAUUAUCUUUAAUUAUAUAUUGUGCAUGAAAUAUAUAAACGCAUUAUUGUAGUUAUCACAUUAUUAUGAUUAUGAUUAUUAUAUUAUUAUAUCAUAUAUCAUAUAUAUUGAAUGUUGUGCUCAGUGUUUUUUUUUUUUUUUCGUGGCUCCUGCAACGCGACGAUGCAGGAGUUCGACGGGAGGGAGAGAGAAUGAAGAUCUUUUUAUCAGAGAGAUUCUUAAUAUAUGUAACGCGAAGAUAUUUUAUGUUCGAUGUUUUAAUUUCAGUUUAAUGUAUCUAUCAUUUAAGUAAGUGUAACUAUUAUCGUGCUAGUAUUUCCCUUCCGCUUUAAGCCCCGUGCUUUUAUCGUUUCCUUUCUAUCUCUCUCUCUCUACAGACUUUUCUCUACAUAUUCUUUUUUUUUAAUAUAGUUUUUUCCCCUUCUUCUUCUCGAACUACCCCCCUUGUCGAUGGUGGAUCGACGAUCGCGCGUUGAUCGAUUCGUCAUUGAAUAACGCAGAAGGGAGGGAAACGCACUAUCGCAAAUUGUCUGGGCAUUAGUCGUAAAUCGCGAAACCAAGACGUUUCGCUUCUCUUCCCUUCGUUACUGUUGGGGUCGUUGAGGAAAAGAGAGGGAAGGAAAGAAAGAGAGAGAGAGAAAGAAAUAGAAAAAAAAACAACGUCACACAUCUCACAAGGGAGCCAGGUUUUUCGUCGCGCCGUCACAGUGUCGAGAGACGCUGCUGCUCGUUCCCCAACGAUAGCUAUAAUCAAUUUCUCCUUAUAAUAAUGUUAACUAAAGCAGCAAUAAUCCGCGGUGGCGUCAAGUGCACUGUGAUGGCAAGAGCGACCGGUUCCUCCGCGUUUCGGACGCGUCUCCCUGACAUUUUAUUCCCACCCCCCGCCCCAUUCCCACCCCCCCCCCCGCGAACGCGUACAGCGUACACGCGAAAGGAAGGUUGACCAUUUCCGUUGGCCGAGAUGCCCUUAAUCUCCAAUUGAGAGCUGUCAGACUCGACGGACAGUGGAUCACGCGAAAUUAGCGACGUUCUUCUUUUCUCGCGCGCGCGGAUGUACACUGUACGCGGAACGUUGAUAUUAAUUAAACGAUCCUGAGCCUACACUUCUGUCCCGCUCCGCCGUUAAUGAAACGAAACAUACACACCCUCGUACACACCAAUCGCAACAAGAUACACGCGACAUAUAUGUAUACUAAUUAUAAUUACGAUUACUAUUAUUAUUCCGAAUACAUUAGAAUCCUAAAAGCCCGACGAGCGCAUGCGCGCGCAAGGGCGAAAGAAUGACAGAGACACGCGAGAAUUAUUUUUUAGAGUACUGUACUCAAAUCAAUAUGAGAGAGAGAAAGAGAGACAGAAUGAAAGCGACGUGAGAGAGAAAGAGCGAGCGAGAGAGAAGAGAUGAACGAGAUAAAUUAUAGAAGGAGGAAGGUUAUUAUUUUCUAUAUUUUUUUAUGUAAUUUUGUGGACGCGCGAUAAUAUAUGACAACUAUUAUUAUUAUUAUUAUUAUUAUUAUUAUAUUAUGAAUAUUUUAAUAUAUAAUAUGAUUUUUAUAUAAUGUGUACUUAUGUUUUCUUUCCUGUGUUCUUGUCUGGUUGCUUAGAGCUUUGCGUUUGGUUAAGUUUCAGUCGUUAUUUUUUCGAGCGUCAAUCGCAUGAUUACGGGUUCUUCAUUAAGAGAUUCUUCAUUGAAUGACGAUUUAACACUGAAACAAUCAAACACACGGCACACAACCAACUAUCCUAUAUAUUAUUCAACAUUUAUAGAUAUAUGUAUAUUUCAUAUUAUUAUGUUUCUUAUUGUCUUUUACGAUAUAUUAUUUUUAUUAUUAUUGCUAUUACGAUAGAUACGUUAUACAGAAUGUCCCAUAGCUAUCGCUACUCUGUCAAGGAAUUUUAAACCGAUUCCUGCAUCGAUUCCUCGUUAUAAUGAGAAAAAGGAAACUAUCAACGUUACUUUUCACAACUUGCCAACUCUGAAUAACGAAAUAACUCCCUCGUGCCAGCGUUCUAACAUCUUGCUGUUGACAGUAAUAGAGGAGUAGCUCUGGGACAGCCUGUAUUCACAAUUAUGCGAUCAUCACGAAAAAAAAAGAGAGUGUCUACAAUGAAACGGUAUCCGAUUACUACAUCGCAAUGCAUAUUUUUAUCUGGUACAUUUCUUUUAUUUCUUCGAAUUAUACGUUUAUACAUAGACGAAUAUGAUAUUGCGACGAGCAUUGUUUCUCCGAAUAAUAUUCGCCGUCUCACGUGUCAGUGGCGCCGGAUGUCGUUUCACGCGCAUUAUCGAUAUACCCAUCGACCAUCGCUCUAUCGUCAAAAUACGUUUAUUUUUAUACGAUACGCAUUACACGUUGUUCAUUGUAACGACGAACCGCAAUGUGUAGACUGCAUUCUAUACUUCGUGCCGUUCAACAUGCGAAUGGCAGACUCGUGACGAUUCGAAGACGAGCAAAAUGGAAAAAAAAAAAAGAAAAGAGAUUGCCGUUUAAUAUACCUAUAUUUAAGGAUUUUCCUACGCAAACCCGUACCAAAAAUAUUUUAUUAAAAAGGAGGAAUAUACGAGAGUCUAGGAAAAAACGACGCGUACACUUGCAUAUAUAUACCUACUGGAAACAAAUUUAAUAAAAUGUUACGUGAUUUUUAUACAUUAAUAUCUAAUUUCUCAUUAUUUUUCUACGUCUCUCGCGUUAUCCGUACCUCUGUUAUACGUUACUCCUUUUUUUCUCUACCUCCUAUAUCGUAUCUGUUCCACACUCUUAUCACUUUUCGGUACCUAUCUCAUUCGUAUGUACGGCCUUACAUUUCUGUAAUAUAAAAUUCUUUUCACAUUUUUUUUUCUUUUAUUCGACAAAGAAAGUCGUCUUGUUACUUAAUUGCGAAUUUCGAAGUGCAUCGCCGUCGUCGGUUGUUCGCGCGCGUAUAAUUUUAGCGGAGCGUCGUGAAUACGAGAUUCGAGGGUGGAAAUAUCCGUGGUUCCGCCCUUCGUUUCCCGAGAUCCCGCUACUCCGACGGUCGCGUGUCGACCGGUCGACCGGGCGACGGCGACGGUACGAUACGCGGGAACAUGCCACGAAAAUCUGUCUCGUCGCGGCCUGCGCCUGCGGCCCGGCCCGCGGCCCCCUUGGGCGUCUCGGCCGCACAAGGGCUGUUGCCCGUUGGGAUGGCAACGUCGCAUUGCAGCGUUGGGGUUGCGGUCGAUGCCGUCCUCGUGAUGGUGGCCGAGGUUACCGUUUCACGGCCCGGCGCUUUCCGAUUCUUCGAAUAUCGAGAUUAUUACUCGCGGAGAACUUUCGCGCUCUCCGUUCGCACCUCCUCGGGCAUGCUCUUGCGAUUUUUCGCGCGAUUACGGCUCUUUCCGCCUCGAUCUCUUCAUCCCUUCCCUUCUUCUGAAAGCUCGCGAGAUGGCUGAGAUGUAUCUUGGAAUCGAAAGGAUCUUGGAUGCGCGCACACGUACAUCUUUCGGGAGAAAACAAAAAAAUUACGUGCUAAAUUACUCCUCGAGGUCGUCGAGGCGCCAUUGACGGCGUGGCCGCGCGUAUACGCGCUCGCAUGCGUUUGAAUCGUUAUGAAUCAUGUUCCGUCGCAUCAACUCGCGCGACGAUGGCAGCGCGCGGCGCACUUUGUCCAAUAUACGACGAGCAGCAGUCGGCGACCCGCCGCUGCCUCCGUCGUCGUCGCUGCCGCCGCCACCGCUUUCCUCGCGCGCGCUUCCUCUUUCUCUUCGCCAUCCUCAACCCCCGCAACAUUUCGCGCGCGCUCUCCCGUCAGCCUCUAUUGCUCCGCAGUAGAUCGAUAGCUGGAGCGGCGCGCUCGCCUCUCUCGCACGGUUCGCGCUCUGAUGUAUGUAUAGGCCGGCAUACGUCGCUGGAAAAUCGCAGCCGCGCAAACCGCGCCGCGCCGCGCCGCGAGGGGGUUGAAAGAGAGCGCGAGAGGGUGAAACGAUGGAGAGGGAAAGGAAGAGAAAGACAGACGGAGAGCGCUCGCCUCGAGGCCGAUUUCAGGCUCGUAUCUUGUUCUACGUGUGCCACGUUUCUCUCCGUUAUCAUCUCGAUCGGGAUCAGCAGCAAAAGACUCGUCUGACCAUUGUACUCUACAAUUUCUUGAUUCUUCUUCGGGUAGACACCUCCGUGGAAAAUCUCGAUACCAGGAUUGAAGAAACCGAAUACAGUCUUUCCGGGGGGGAAAGUCCCUUUCCUCGGUUAUGUAUUCGUGUUUUAUUGAAAUCGAGUCUCAUUUGAAUAUUGAAGGAACGCCUCGGUUAAAUUGUAUCUCGCAUAUUAAACUUGCCAGCCGAAUUGAUCUCUCCGCGAAACGGUCCUCUCCGUCGUUUGACAUUAUUCCUAAUUACGACAGUUUCGUCCCGGAACAAUUAGAAUUGCGCCGAAGAGAAAGCUCCCCGCGAUUCCGCCGAGGCGAGACGCGAUAUUCGUGAGAGCGGCUUCAGGACGUAUUCAACACGGGCUCUGUAGGGAUCUUCGUCGAUCGAUAUCCCUGGCUUUCUUUCGAAAGUUUCUCGAGGGUAGGAGAGCACGAUGUAUAGCGUUAUGGCAACGCGGGCUUUGGGCAUACUGCGCAAUAAAAUGUAUUUCAUUCAAAAUUAAACGAAGGUAAAUUGGAUUACAAUAAUUUUCAAUGUUUCAACGUAAUGAGAUCUUUUUCUUCCGUGAGACGAAGUAACUGGAAAGGGAAUCUGACGUGUUUCUACCAUCAUGUAUGUCCCAUAGGAUGAAACUGAAAAAUGAAUGAGCGCGAAAUCCUCGCCCUCUCUCACCCUAUCUCGCGCAUGAAUUUUUCUAAACGCUCCGUGAUUCGUACGUGCUGCAUUAUAAAGAUGUUUCAAAAUUUUCUUAAACUAUUGAUUUUUAAAAUUGUUUUUCUUUCUCCCUGCGGCGACGGUUUAACGUCGCUCUUCUGUCUCUUUCUCUCUCUUUCUCUCUCUCUCUCUCUCUAUUUUUCUCUUUCUGCACUGCGUCGCCUUCGACACUCUUUCUCUCUCCUCUCUCGGUCGAUAGCUCGUAGGGGUCGCGGAGACGCGGCGACGCCCUGCCCGUCCAUCCCCUUACGAUUUGCCACCAGGGGGUCUCAACCUUGAUCAAAAUAUUUUGUGAUCUCAUUGCCAGACAGCCGUAACGGCGGUCGCACGACGCUGCAGCUGGCACGGCACCGCCGCUAUUCGCUUAUAUUAUUGAUUAUCUCGCUGGCGUGGCGGCUCGAACGCCGAAUAUCACGCGAUAUAGGCGCCGAUCACGGCCGCUCUUGAUGCCGCUGAUAUUUCGUCCGUGAAAAGAUUAACGGAUAUUACGGGCAACGCCAGAAAUCACUUCCGGUUCCUUCGGUUCUCUCCUCCGACUCCCCCCCGCGCCUCCCCUCCGUCUCUCUUUGCGAUUUCGCCCUCGACGUUUCCAAGUCUUGUCACUGGGUUUGUUUUUAAGCGUUAUUACGCCAGCAUGGAUCGAUGGUACGAAUAUAAACAGUCCAUCCCCCCCCGCCCCACCCCCUCGAGUUGGUCUCUUUUUUAUAACUAUGGAAUGCGCAGGAGUAACCAGUUAGACAGGCUCCGAUAGUUUUCAAGACGAGCUGUCGAUACUUCUUACUCGGUAUUUACAAUGAAUUUUAAGUCCCUUUUUAUACCUCGAUGAGACUAAUAGGUCGCGUAGGCGGCUAGAGACACUAGCGUGUAUUUCAAAUGCAUUUUAAGGGUGAGGCGUGUCGUAUGCAUAUGACGUUCGAUAAUAGAUAUCUGUCGCCAGUGAUUCUCAGUUGUUACGUGUAGAUGGGAAGCAAUGCGAUUGCAAGCGCGACACAAUAACGCGAUUAUCAAUAUAAUGAUAUAGGCAUAUGUACAAAACAUUAUGCCGUGCUCAUCACAACGCAAUAUCCAACGUCACAAUUAAUCUACAUUUUCUCCAAUUCAUUCGCUGAAUGAAAAAUGAAACGGAUAUUCUGAAAUGUUGAUUUAUUACGUGGCAAAAACGCGUAUAUUUUAUUAAAUUAAUCAUUCUCGGCGGUGGAGGAUACGCGCCAUUAUACUGAUUUAUUUUGCAUGGAAGAACGGCACUGCGCUGAAAAUGUGACGGAUUCGAAGGAACAGGCUUCUCUCAUUUAGUUGUAAACGGCCGAUAUAUGUAUAUUCGCGAGCAUUAUUAGAUAAACAUGUGACUUUGUUCCCUGACACACAAUUCAUUUCACUCACGUAUAAAACAAUCGCGUGUGGUUUUAAAGCCAAAAAAAAAAGAAGGAAAUAAAAAGACGUAGGAGUCUUUAGUGGCAGUGCAGCCAGAGAUAUCUGAAAGGUGCGAUAAAAAUUAUACACAUAGGACUAAGCGAGUAUAAAAAUAUAUAAAUAUAUUAUCUAUAUAUAUAUAUAUAUACAUAUAUGAUGUAUGUACACAUUCUAAGGCGCGUAUUUGCAUAGAUAUUUAUAUAUUAUAUAUAUAAAUAUAUGAUACAAAAAUAUUAUUAUAUAUAUGAUAGCAUAGAGCCUCUGAUAAGAGAAUGGGGGUUUUUUCUAUUUUAUUAUGAUAGCGAUUCUUAGGUGGUAGAGCAUUUUAUCUAUACGACACGUUUCGACGAGAGGAUGAAAAAUGAAAAUUAUCUCAUAUAUCUACGCAUAUUAUUAUUGUAACUGUCGAGUAUGAAAACACACAAGCGUACAUACAUGCAUAUAUACAUAUUCGUAUACACACGCGCGUAUAUAUAUAAUAUAUAUGUAUAAAUAUGAAUAUUAUUAAAUAUAUAUUAUAUAUAUACAUAUCAACAUAUAGACGUUGGGAAAAAUGUCACGUAAAAUCUUAAGGGUGCGGCCGUGAUUUUGCAAAUUGCGACCGCAUCACGAUAAUUCAAAAUAAUAUAUGAAAACGUACGGACGAUGUUAUAUUGAGAAACAAAUAUUUAAUGAGGGAGAAAAAAAAGCUUAAAGUCGGAGAGAGUGAGAGAGAGAGAGAGAGAGAGAGGAACAGAGAAAAAAAAUAUAGAUUAAAAAGAAACAGCCAAAUGGCCAGCACACGCGGAAGCACAAAAAACAAGAGAAAUGAUUAUUAAACCAAAAUCGAAGGAAAGUUUGAAGAGAAUGAAAGAGAAAAAGGUAGAGAGGGAAAGAGAGAGAGAGAGAGAGAACGCGAGAGAAAGAAGGAGAGAGAACGAGAAAGAGACACGAAGAAUAAAGAAUAAUUAAUUUUGUACUUUUUUGUGCGCGUUGCGAAAUGCUCAAAGAGAAAUCUUAUCUAACGUAAUUAAUAAAACUGGCGCGUGUAUGGCUGAUAUAUAUUUGGACGCACGAUUCGUGUUGGGGCUCAAUGGGGAAAUGCGAUGCUCGGCGUUAGGCGUCUCGAUGGAUGAUAAAUGGAGAUAAACCGUAAUGUCGGCGAAUGAUGAAUUUGCGCGAUUACGCGUCGGUUAAUCAGCGUCUAACCGUGGCGGAACAGCUUACGGUCGGCGUGCCGCGAAUUUGACGAUUGCUCUUUGCUGUCGCGGAAAGGAUACGCCGCUUCGGUUUACGAUUACAAAUUCGAUACGUAUCUAAUUAAUCAUCGCGAGCUCUCGAUUGACGAGAGGCAGCUCGUAAUUCGAAGAAUAUAAUGGCACAAACGAAGGCGGGGACAAAAAUUUUUGUUUUACUCGACUGUUACAAAGAUAUAUUCGUUUUAUCCGUACGCACAACGCACAAGCUACCACUGGUACUCGUUUUCUAGAGGCAGAACGCUAGAGACCGUCUGAGAAUUUCUUUCCUUUCGCGAUAGUUUCUGGGCACGCCGACCAUAUCGUCUCGCUCUUGCGCCGAAGAUCGCGAGAGAGAAUACGAACGGAACAGAGAUCGGUAGAGGGUGAGAAAAGGGAAAGAGGGAGAAAUGGCAAAGAGAUUAAUAUGAAUUGUGCGACGAAUGAGAGAAAGGCGGAGGAGAAGCUGGCGGAAAGGGAAAAAAAUUUAUUGAUACAAAAUAUUAAUACCUAAAUGCCCGGUUUAUUUUUAUAUUUAUUUUUCGAUCUAUAUGAAACGUUAUAAAAGUUUAAAAUGAUAUUUAAAUCUAAAUAUAUAUGACGAUAAAUACUAUAUACUUAUGCUCUGUGUAUGAUACAUAAAAAAAAAAAUAUAUAUAUAUAUAUUGUAAUAAUGGAUGAUUAUAAUUAUAUUGUCGACGAUAUGGCGCAUCGUAUUCACAGAUUGUACGAUGCUAUUACAGAUUGAUAUUUAUUAUUCACGCAACGUCUCCGCGCCUCAGCCCCUCCCCCCGCCCCAUGUAAGAAGAAAAGGUGUGCUCUAUAUAAGUCUACCGCAAUUUAAUUACCUCCCUCUUAAAACUCCAAGUACGAAUUAUACAAAACAUCGACUCGCUCGUGUAACACCCCCGUGUCAUGAACUCUCCUGUACUACUAGUUCAUAAAUCCUAGUUUUGACGUAAAUACAGGUACCACGUAUAUAUAUAUGUAUACACGCAUAUAUAUUUAUAUCAGUGUAGCGUAUGUUUAGCCUUUAACGGCGACAAGUAAGACGGGACACCAUAGAUUUUUAACUAGCGUUACGAGACUAUCGCGGGACGUCUUUCGAGUCUGCGAUUGACUGGCGCGACGUCGUAGCAGCGUAGGAUGCAGAUGUUCCGUGGAAACGAAACGCGACACAGGGAUCCGACGGGAUCUCGAAAACGUGACGAAACGCAAAAAGCAAAUUGGGCAACGAUCCAUCAUUAAAGCGGUAAUAGUAUUCGAGAAAUGACGAUCUUCCCGCAUCGAAUCUUUUGUAUCUCGUUUGGUAUUUUCUCAUUGGAAUCUGGGAUAAGAGAGAGACGAGGGAUAGGUAAGGGGAGUUGCUACGACGAUCACGACCACGACGUUCGGCUUCGGCGUCCCGUGAGUGCACCAUUUAAGCGAGCAAUUGAAGGAAUACACGAAGGAAAUCUCAUACUGCCCAACGCUCCUAUAGCCUAGUUACUUAAGUGUGGCUGCAUAUACGCGAGAAAGUUAAAUCGGCAAGAAUCGAGAGAGUGUGUACCAUGCAGAGAGGCAAAAGCUCCGUGUGACGGAAAGAAGGGGUGUACUUGUGACUACAAAUCUAUUAUAUUUCAUAGUCGACUAUAGCCGCCGGAAGAUAUCUCACUGUCGGCCGUGUUGUGUGCGUUAUUGUCUGUCGAUGAUGUGUGUGUGUGUGUGUGUGUGUGUAUGUAUGUGUGUGUUUGUGUGUAUGUACAUGUGUGUUGUGUGUGAGAUGGGCCAAAAGAAAAGAGAGACGGAAAAAAGAGGAACGUUAAUAUGUAACGGAAUGGUAGCAACAGCCAAGAUACCAAAAAAAAACGUUCAUUGCGAGAUAUGAUAAUCGGCGUAUUCGAACAUUUUCAACCUCAUCGAUCUCGAUCAUUUGCCCAUCACACGUCCGCUCAUUCACUCACUACGCGUUUGAUUAUCUAAAAGAACAAUUGCUAAAAAUGCGAUGGAUUCGCGUGCAAAAGUGAUAUAUACUUUACACACGCACACACACACACACACACACACACACACACACACACACACACACACACACACACACACACACACACACACACACACACACACACAUAUAUAUAUAUAUAUUAUACAUAUUAUAUAUGCAGGAUGUCUCAGGUUCCACGCAUUUCUUCCCUUUUGCGGAUUCCUUGAUCCGCAGUCGCAUGCCUGCGACAGUUUUAAUUUUAAUACAUUUCUUGACACGUAUUUCGAUUAUUUAUUUUUUAAACUAAUACUCAUGUGGAAAUGAAUAAAAAAUGUUUUACGUUGUCGCGCGCGCAUCGCUGAAAAUUGUUAGAUAUAAGUAAUAUCUAUAAAAUCAUUUCCUCGACUCGUUAAAUAAAAGCAAAUGAAAUGAUAAGCUCGUAGUCUCUCGCUCAGAGAGAGUUCGCGAACGGAGAACAAGCGGUAGAAGCCGAGACAGUCUGUUUAUAUACAUAUAUUUAUCGUUAUCCUGUAUAUAUAUAUUUAUUUACAUACGUAUUGAUAUAUAAUGAUAUGUACUUUACGAGAUAACGCAUAGCUUUCUGACUGAUUAUCCGUAACGCGAGAAAACGAAGAGAAAUACCACAGGAGAAUACAGAAAGUAGGUACACUAUUAUAUUCUCACCCCCCUUUCGCCCUCACACACAGUGCACAGUGCGUAAAGAAGCAGCAACACCUUCGUGAAUAAAACGACGCGACGGUGUAGCCGUCGUCGUCGCACCGCGCCGCGUUGUGUCGAACCAAAUAACGUUGUGUAUCCGGUCCGCGGUCAUCUCUCGCGGUCACCGGGGGGGGAUCCGCGAAAACUCUGCAGCAUCCCAAGGUUGCGCGCAAUCGUAACGUAACGUCUAUCCGCGAUGACACGCCAUCGGUAGUGAGGAAGCGCGUCUUAUAAAAACAGAAACAAAAUUUUGAAAAAAAUGCAGUCUUGCGUGCCGUUAAACAAAAAAAAAGAGAAAAAGAAAAAGAGGAAAAAAAAACAGGAAAAGGAAAAGAAAAGCUCUGUUCACACUAGCGGGAGAAUUCGUUGGCAUCGUUCGAAUCAUUUUGACGCGUCCGGACCAAUGUCGAAGAAGUAUUAUUUAACGAUAGGUUUUCAAUAGCCAAAGUGCUGAAAUAAUAAUAUAUAUAUUUUUGUAAAGACACUAUAGGAUAUUAUACAAAUGUCAGACGAUAUAAGGAUAAAUAAUGAUAAUUCAGUGUUAACGGUGAUUCGUUCAGCGAUUUGUUGGGAAAAUGAAACGCGGAAGGGAAAGCAAAAGGGGACGAAAGAUAUGAGAGGAGAAGAGAGAGAGAGAGAGAGAGAAAAGUUGAGUGGGGAAAAGGACAAGAGUACAUCCCCCAGCGUGAUCCUCAAUGCGGUAGCGAGCUCGCGAGAGCGCGGGCGGAGAGACGGAAAAUCGUCGGCAGCAAGAUUGUCGAUUGCCGGUCGGCACGUGGAUUCGGGCGGGCCAAUUCAAGUUAUAUCGGCGUUCAUUAAAUGGUUCCGAGAGCUCCGUUAUUGACGCGCGCGUAAUAAUCUCGCUAGGUCCGGGAACGCUGGGCGGCGCAGGAGCGCGUAAAAUAUCUGCGAAUGCUCGAGUCGGUAUAACACAAUAUAUGUCGCCAGCAUUAUCGCGAAGCGGCGCGAUCCGACAUUUCGGAAAUCUCUUGCCCACCUGUCCUGCCGCCGGUCGCCGGCCCACGGGGUUCCCGAAUCUGUUUGCAACACGCGCGAGUGGAUGCGACAUUGUCUCGGACGAGUUAUCGCGAGAUAACGCCUCCACUUGCGUUUCCGCGUACUCCGCGCACAAUGAGUGAUUAAGGCCUAAGAAAAUUUGAGAAAGAGACACAAUGCGUGCGUGCACACUCACGCGCCCCUCCCCAUGCCAGUCGCACGGGUGCAAUGUGUAUCCCGAGAGCGCGGAUGCUCACGUACAUACACGCGCAUACACACACACACACGCACACACAGCCACGCACAUGUUAUACUAAACGCAUACAGAAACAUAAAUUAUAGAUAUAACACACGCGACAGAAAUAUAAUAUAUAUAAAUAGUUAUAUAUAUUAAUAGUAUUUAAUACACUAAAUAAUCUCUAUAAUUUUUACAUAUAUUAUGUGAUGUCAUUGUCUACUAGAUACUAAAGAGAUCUCCCGCCGCCCUCGCCCCACCCCCUUUCCCGUGUGUGAAUAUCCCCUCAAGUCCCAGACGUCCACGACUGCGAGCCCCAUCUCCCCGUACCCGCCCCGCCCCCCAAUUUUUCCCGAUUACCCGUCCUGAGGAAACCCCCCCGUCACAUAAUCUCUACCAUGUUUUCUCUCGGCUCCUAGAUAAAGCCGGCGCGUCUUCAAUACGGAAUUACAAAGCAAUAAAGUAAAUGACACUAUUUAAGAGGUACGCAAGGCGUGUGAAUGGGAAGAACAAGGAGAAAAAAAAAACUGACGUUGAUCUCUUUUAUGAGAAUGAGUGAUACGGCGUGAUCGCCGCUCGCUCGACGGCGAUUGCGCGCGGAAUUUUUCGCCUCUUCUUUCUCGUUAUCUCGAUCUCCAUCAUCCUCUCUCCUCUCUCUCUUUCUCUCUCUUUCUUCUAUCUAGCGGUAAAGAUUUAAUUUCUUCCAUCAAGCGCUUCUUCUAUUUUUUUUUGCACUUGCCAUUCCGUUCCGGAAGCAAGAGUGGUCAAUGCGAAAGAUCGAAAGAUCAUCUCAGCAAGUUCCUUUAUUCUCGUUCAUGGAAUUGUCGAAUGAAAUGUCUCGUGUAAUAUAAGUUCGUUUUCUCAAUCAUCAAUCUCUUGCUCAGAAUCGUGCAUUUGACUUUCCACACGUAGUGCGCAGGCAGAAAUCGUCGCAGCUCUCUCAGGGAGAUCAAAGUUUAAUGAAGACUAUAGGCCAGAUAACGAGAUUUAGACCGCUCUCGCUACCGUGCACAUCACCGCGUUUGCCCAGGUCCCAUCUUUCCUGCUUCAGUUACAUUUUUUAUUCCCUUUCCGGUCGUUUUGACGACAGAGACGGAGAGCCUUUGCCAGCUAUGGCGCUCGCGAUACGAAAAAAAUUACGUUUAAGAGAGAGAAGUAGAUUGCUCGUUCGGCGAAACUUUUCUUACUUAACAUCGUUUCAAGCUUCCUCCUUUUUAAAUGUCUGCAUGUAUAGUGCGAUAUAUAGACUGGAACAGGACUAUGAUAUAUCGCCGCAAUAUUUUUAUAAUUUACCGGAAAUUGUAUAUUAGAGAGUAUAACGUAAUAUAAUAUAUAUAUUAUAUAUAUACAUAUGACGUAUAUACAUAUAUAUAUAUUUACGAAUAUGCGCGCCGUAGGGCGAGCAUGGCUACGGAUAUUUUGUAAAAUUUCUUAGUGGUCGCGAGAAAUUUAAGAACGAGUCCUUAAUAGGUAUUUCAUAAAGAAUUGCAUAAAGUUGCAUAUCCUGCCUGUAAUAACAUAUAUAUAUAUGUGUUAUAAUUUGAACGAUUGUGUCAUAUAAAUAUCGAUGAUAUAUUUAUAUAUUGCUUUAUGUAUAUGUAGGAUAUACAUAUAUAAAAUAUAUUGAAAGGAAAUAUAUAUAUAUUAUCUUCUACAAUACGGUGUAAAGUUAUUUUCUUUUUCUUUUCGCCGCACGAGAUGAUCGACCGACGCAAUCUAUUUCUCUCGAUCGAUUGCCAUAACAAAAAGUCACUCUUUUCACUUUGGUUUAUAUUUUCGCAUUAAAUUGAUUCGAUUUCUUUUACAAAUUUUUUCCAUUAUCAUACAUUAAUUGCAUCAUGCAUCAUGCAUAAUUUAUGAUAACAAAGCUCUUAACAUUUUCCCUAACGAUACGUAGCCUUCUGUCAUUUUCAAGUUAUUUGAUAUUAUUUCUCACGAUACAAACACGCGCGUCUUUACGCUAUUAUCAUCCGCGUCAUCGUCUUUGUUUCGUCAUUGAUCAUUUUCGAUCGUCCACGUCCAUCUCAUCUAGUUCUCACGUAUCAGCGUACGCACAUAAUACAAAACAUCCUGUCAUGACCAAGACGAUUCCUGUAGUGCGGGAGAUGGAAGAUCGGAAAGAAGGCGAGAAUUCUGAUACGUCAAAAAAAAGGGGGGGAAAGUAAGGAGAAAGAUAAUAUCGCGAAACACGCAAGGAAAUGACAACGGAACUAAGUAUUAUAUACGUAUAUUUCUCUAAAGAUUAAUAGAAUGUUAACGCAAAAGACUAUCUACAUAAAUGUGUGGACGGACAAAAGGAGGAAGGGAAACGCGAUACAAGAGAGAUUUUAAGAAGCUAAUAAUAUUUAAAGCAAAAGAAAGGGAAAAAAAAGAGAAAAAAAACAGAAAAAGAAACAGAUUAUAUCUAGUUUUCGAUGAUAUUUCGUAGCGGGCCUGUGAAACGACGAGAGCUGCAGACUAAUACGCGCUAUGGAGAGCCAGAGAUGGAAUUGCGCAUCUAAUCGAUGCGCAUUUCGGAAAUGCACGCGAGCACGUGAAAUCUGACGCUCGGUUUCGGCAUCGUCGCGACGAGACGGCGGGGAUAACUCUCGGUCUCGGCGGGCACGACGACGCGACGACCGAAACGCGACGACGAGGAGAGAGGCGAGAGAGAAUGCGCGAAAAUCAAUGGGAAGGACGUACGGAAAAACCACUCUCGAGAGGUCCCGACCCGCGCCGAUCAUCCUUCCCCCGAUUCGUUCGUUUCACUCUCCGUUAAAUAUACGCGAUUUUAGGGAUAUUAUCAUACAAUAGAAAUAUGAUAAUCUGUACGUAUAUAUAUAUUUUUUUGGAUUGCCAGUUCCUGAACACAAUUAAAGAUCUCUCUGGCCUAUUAGGUAGAUCUUAUUCGACGGUUGUCCCCUUUCGGUUCUCCACCCAUUGUCCGCCCGUUUUUUUCUUCCGAUUCGUCAUUCAUCGCCACUUUAAUCGGGAUCGCUAUCACUUAGGAACGAUAGGAUAUUAAUCGAGUCCCUGGUAUCGGUUGGGAUAUUCCGGAAACGCGCGCUGGGGAUUUCAAGCGGAAACUCGUUCGAUCGGUGAACAAAUUUCGAGUAUUUACUUUUUAGAGACAGACGAAUUCACCGAAGCGCGUUCACAGAUCCUCGGAUUGCUUUGAUGGACUGAAGAUAAUUUAAUGGAGACGAACAGCACUUUCGCAAAAAGUCGACGUUUACUAUUGCUCAGCCCCGCCGCAUCGAUUAAUUCGAGCUUGAGCACCGCUGAGCGCAAACCCCUUCGAUUAGCCGAGGGUGCUCAAUCGCGAGUUUUCAUCCCCUUUUCACGUCGGACUCGUCCUCUCUCGGUUCCUCCCCCUGCCCGCGGCACUUUGGACCAGACACGAAUAAAGAGCGGAGACUCGAAAGCGAAAAGUGCGCGAUAACAAAAAUCAA